AUGCAGUUGCAGCUACACCUAUUGGGAGCUUUGGUGCUCCACUAUGGGGCUAGCCAGUUGCCUCGGGUCUGGGCAGGGGGCGCAGAGGUAUCCGAUGGGUUUCCCCUUCAAGAGGAGCCGCCCCACGCUGGUGCUGCAGCAGCAGCAGGCGCUGCUUCCAGUGAAGCAGCAGCCGACAGAGAGGGAGAACCUCAAGAGAAGGGCCAGCCUGGAAAGCCCAGAGCGCCUAUGAUGGAGGUAGUGAAGGUUGCUUUGGGGGCGCUGCAAGGACAUGCACCGGAACUCCUGGAGAAGCUCAAGGAAAUAGCGGGGAAUGGCAGCUGCCAUAAACAGCAGCAGAGUUGCCGGAUGCGGGGAGGCACCAAGAGGAAGAGAAGUUCGAAGAUUGCGGAAGCGUGGGACUUUCAGUCAACUCCAAGAGGAGGUGAGGAGGCGAAACGAGAAGCAGAAAGUGCAGAUGCACAAGAUAUGACUUCUGGGGAGCGGGGGUGCCAGCGACAGAGGCGGAGUUCGGGAAGUGAUUGUCCUGAAGUUGGAAUUGUAAAAAGAGACGCGGCAGAAACGAGGUGGGGAAGAAGAGAUGAAGUCGUAAGCAAGGAGGUGGGGGACCGUCUCGGGCUGAUGGACACGGAAACCAGAAGGUCAGGGAGCGCAAGUGGGUGGGGGAGAUUUGGCAAGACUGGAGUUUCGCUGCCGAGGGGUGCAGCAGCAGGAGCAGCAGCAGGAGCAGCAGCAGCAGGAGCGGGGUGGGAAGCAGGAGGAACGGGAAGUAGAGGUGCAAGUGGGAACGCGAAGAGGAAGAGAGCGGAGGGAACCGAAGAGAAUGCGAAAACAAUGAGUAGACCGGAAUCGGGAAAAGACAGAGCUCGUGCGGCUCUUGCCAGGGUAAUAACGGCGCAACAGUUGCUGAAUUUACUGAAAAGACGUGCAGCAGCAGCGGCUGCUGCUGCUGCUGCUGCUGCUGAGGGCAGCGCUCAUGGUGAUGCCUCCCGGGCUGAUGGCGUUCCUGUAUUGUUGUCUGGAGAGGUGUGA